CCUUUUUUGUUCUCUCCAACAAUAACAAAAGAAUGGUCUUCCAAAGAAUUGUCAAUUACUGGGUCUCCACCUUCAUUACUGAAAAACUUCUUUCAAGCCCAACAUUCCAUCGCAUGGCUGCUACUACCCACAAGCAUGUUUCCGGUGUAACUAACAAGGGUUCCCAAGUGAGCAAUGAUUUUGUAAAGGCAUUCAAGGAAAAUCUUGAAAAAGAAUCCAAAAACUACCGCAAGUAGUUUUCCUUUCUUUUCAUCCUGCUAUAUUCCCCUUUCCAUUCACAAAACCUUCGUACAUGUACAAAAGUACCUUCUCUUUACCGUUAACAAGCUAUACAUAUACAUAUAAUUUUUAAACUAUUUUUUGCAGAAAAACUGUG